UCGGUCGGUCCGUCGGUCGGUAGCGGAGCGGCCCCUCCUCGCCCCUUACUGCUUGGCGCGGUGGGGCGCGGCCUGCCGCCUGCCUCCCCUCCGAGGGGGCUGCAGUGCGGCGGCUUGGCAGCGGUGCUGACACCAGGAGGGAGCCGUUGGCCAUGCGAAGGGGGAGCUUACCCGGUGGUGUCCUGCGGCAAAGAGCGGGCUGAGGCGGUCCCCCGACCUGGCCGUGCCUCUGGAGCAAAGCGCGGGCAUAAAACUGGGAGAAGUCCUAGAUUUUGAAGAUUCAUUGACAUCUCUGAGACUAACAUUUGGAUCUUCAAAAGAAGAGACUUUCUGAUGGCCCUGCUCUGCUCCAGCUGAUCCUAUGACUGGAGGGUUCACCGUGGCUCCAUCCUUUACUCUCCAGUUCCACAAGAUGGGUUCAUUAAGAAGGCCCCGACCUCGCUUCAUGAGCUCUCCGGUUCUCAGUGAUCUACCACGGUUCCAGGCAGCCCGGCAGGCCCUGCAGCUCAGCUCCAACUCUGCCUGGAACAGUGUUCAAACAGCAGUGAUAAAUGUGUUCAAAGGGGGAGGCUUGCAGAAUAAUGAACUUUACACUCUCAAUGAAAAUAUCAGACGGCUGCUGAAGAGUGAACUUGGAUCCUUCAUCACAGAUUACUUUCAGAACCAGCUCCUUGUGAAAGGCUUGCUGUUCGUAGAGGAGAAGGUUAAGCUGUGCGAAGGUGAGGAUCGCAUUGAUGUCCUGUCUGAAAUCUGGGAUCACUAUUUUACAGAGACUCUUCCUACACUCCAGGCAAUAUUCUACCCAGUCCAGGGUCAGGAGUUGACGAUCCGUCAGAUUGCUCUUCUUGGCUUCAGAGACUUGGUCUUGCUAAAAGUAAAAUUGGAAGAAAUUCUUCCUCUGGUCCAGACAAAACUUCCAGCUUCCAUUGUCCAGAUGCUGUUAAUUCUGCAGAGUGUCCAUGAGCCUACUGGACCCAGUGAGGGCUACCUACAGCUGGAAGAACUCGUCAAGCAAGUAGUAUCACCAUACUUGGGUUUGUGUGAGGAUCAUGGCUUCUCUGGUAGCACCUGCUUGCUUGAGAGACGGUACUCCAGAUCCCGUCCCAAGACUGGUGCACCGAAUUAUCCAUCUCACUUGGUAACGAGCCGGCAGCCUGGCGAGAUGGCCCUGACCCCGCUGACAGAGCAGGAGGGUGAGGCUUACCUGGAGAAAUGCGGUAGCAUCCGCCGCCACACUGUUGCCAAUGCUCACUCGGAUAUUCAGCUUCUGGCAAUGGCCUCCAUGAUGCAUACAGGAAUUGUGAUUGAGGAGUCGGAUACUACUGAUAAAUGCCUCCUUCUGCAGCCCAGUUUUAGCCACAGGCAGUGCUCCAGUGAGCCCAGUAUUCCUGAUGGGCCAGAGGGAGUCAUGGCAGCAGGUAGGCAGGACCCUGCUGAGCUGAACUGCACAUCAGUCAGCUAGAAGUCUUGCUGAGGAGAGGAGAACUGUAUGUAUAUUCAGUGUGUUGUGUCAUCCCUGCUGGAGGGGAAAAAAAAAAGAAAAAU